ACCCUAUAUAGGUUUCUAGUCUCUAUAUGUUAUCACAGUUAGCUGUAAAGAUUGAUAACAAAUUGUCAAAGGAUAUCAUUUUGUUGUUGCGUGUGUAUUAAUCCGAAGAUAAGCAUCUCGAUGGAUUAAUUUUCGACCGCACUACGAUUUUGUUCAAGUAUUCCAUCGCAGCCACAUUCGUUGAGAGAAGGAAAAAUAUGCCUGUAAAUUUUCUGUACAUAUAUGAAAUAACUGGGAACUUUUCACCUAAAAAUAUCCAAAGAAACCAUUCGCAAGUGUUGUAUCAGAGAAACGAAUUUCGCUAAAGUGGAGAUAACCGUUUUCAAGGUUAGGAAUGGCGCAUGGAACAGCUUCGCCAAGAAAGGAUAUAUAACCGAACUCUAACCUCAGUUUGCUCGUGUUUGCAUCGUCAUUUUUCGUCGUGACGGCGACGAAGUAGCUGAACUCAGAGUAAGAAGGCGACGGAGAAACAUGUACACAUUUAAACCGUUUGUAUUCACCAAACAUAAACCGAAUGGGCCGGAACGUCCGAAAGCACGAAGCGGUCAUCGAAUCGCGUGUGACUAUCGGAAUCUGUACUCGUAUGGUGGGUUUAAUCCUUGCGUGCCUGAAACCGAUCCGGACAUGCUUGAUGAUCAAACAUGGGUUACGAGCAAGCCGUUGUUCAAGGAAUUAUGGCGCUUUAAUUUGGUGACUGAACGUUGGAAAAGGUUGCCCGGUCAGCAGGACAUGCCGAACGAGUUGGCAUCAAACGCAGUGAUAUUGCUUGGCAAGGCGCUGUUGGUGUACGGCGGCACCGGCGUGCCCUUUGGUGAGAGUUGUAGCAAUCAGUUGUAUGUCUGCAACGUUGACAACGGUACGAUAAAGAUUGUACCAGCCGUGGGUGAGCUGCCUGAGCCUCAAUAUGGACAGGCUUUGAUAUGCCAAAGUCCUUAUCUCUACACAGUUGGUGGCACCACCGGCUACGAGUAUACUUGUGAUAUUCAUCGACUCGACUUGAGAAAGGGCGUUUGGGAGACGGUGUACAUUUGCACAGGCAAGGAUGAAUGUGAACCGUAUGGAAGAUACAGGCAUGAGCUUGCCUUUGAUGGCAAGAUGAUCUACGUUCUUGGUGGUGGCACUUCGACGGAAGCCUUUGGCUUCUCGGAAAUACCAGCAUUUGAUCUAAAGACCAACAGUUGGAGAACAUUAACCACACACGGCGAUAAAUUUUAUCGCAACGACAUUGUCAAUGAAACCAUGGUACCAGCACCGCGACGCUGUCACGGUUCCGUGCAAUAUACUGACGAGAAGAGUGGCGUCACAUCAGUUGUCAUAUCAGGCGGUUAUAACGGCGACUGGGUGUAUUCUGAUGUUUGGCGGCUGGACCUUGGUACGCUACAGUGGACGUUACUGAGGGAAUGUAUUCUACCGAAUCCGGUGUACUUCCACUCAGCGGCGCUGACUCCAGAGGGUCGCAUGUACAUAUUUGGCGGUAUAGUCAAAAUUAAUGAGAAGAUGCACAGGACGAACGCAGUUUACUCUGCCUGGUUGACAAUCCCCAAAUUAUCUGAUAUUUGCUGGCAAGCGUUGAAUUGUUAUUAUCCGUCUUUGAAAGACAGCUCACCGGACAAGUUACUUCAUAUCGGAAUACCCUCGAAAUUCGUGCGGACACUCGAUUCUUACAACUCGUGAAUUACUACAAGAUCGCUUUCUCCAGUGCUCCCAAAUAUUCAAAUUCUCGAAGAACUCGCUCUACGCACUUUGAAACACACAAUCAGCUUCGAUCGUUAUUUAUAUAUAUUUUUUUUGUGAUUUUCAGCUGGUAUCUUUUUUUGUAAUUUUAUUUAUUAUGUUAAAUACUAUAUACAAAAACAAAAGAGUUCUACAAUCACUUUACUUGGUUGUUAUUUUAUUUAUUUGUUAUAAUUAUACACAAUGAUAUGAAAUAAUGAACUUUUCUCCCUCU